GGAAAGGAGGCUGCUAAAUUAGGGUUUUCCUGAAAGAAGUAGAAAACAGCAAAAGAAUGGAAGGAAUCACAGAGGGAGUGAACAAGAUGAGUGUCUCAGAGACGCAAAAGAAGAACAGAAUCCAAGUUUCUAACACUAAGAAAUCACUCUUCUUUUAUGUUAACCUAUCAAAGAGGUACAUGCAACAGUACAAUGAAGUGGAACUCUCUGCUCUUGGGAUGGUUAUUUCAACAGUGGCUACCAUUGCUGAAAUUCUGAAGAACAAUGGAUUUGCUGUUGAGAAGAAGAUCAAGACACUCACUGUGGACAUGAGGGACGAACCAGGAGCCCGACCAAUACCAAAAGCAAAGAUUGAAAUAGUGUUGGGCAAGACUGAGAAGUUUGAUGAGUUAAUGGCUGCAGAAGCAGAGCAAAACGGGGACAAUGAGGAGCAGCAGAACUGAUUAUUUCCACAUCUGUUCUCUUUCCUGACGAUUUAAGUUAUUCCAGUCUAUACUGCAUUCAGCUGUUGGGUUGUCUAUGGCCUUUAAUUAGAUCUGUUGGAAAGUU